AUGUUUCCGCACUCUGGAGGGGCUUCGAUGGACGAGCUUCUAGGCCUCGUCCAAUUGCUCUCAUCACAACAGCAGCAGCCGCAGCAUCAGCAGCAGCAGCAACAGCAGCAGCAGCAGCAGCAGCAGCAGCAGCAGCAGCAGCAGCAGCAGCAGCAGCAGCAGCAGCAGCAGCAGCAGCAGCAAGCGCCGCUGUCCAUGGAGGGUGCGGUUGUUCAGCAGGACCCGGGCACCGCGGCUCUCCUCUCGUCGCACCUCUCUUCUAACUCCGACAGUGCUGCCGCCGCCGCUGGCGCUGCGUCGUCCAGCUUCGCGGGCGCGGCGGGCUGGGCGCCGCUGUCCCGCGCGGGGGUGUUGCCAGAAUCACAUCCCGCCGCCGACACAGCAGGCCCGCUGCGCACGGCGAGCGGCACAUGGCUGGGCGGCAGCAGUCGAUUGGCGGACCUGCUCGGGCAGUGGACGGCGGGGCGUGUGUGGAGCCCCGCGCCCGUCGUUGCGCAGAGUUGCGGUGCAGCAGGUCCCGCCGGCGCGGAGAGCUUGUUGGGCGGGCAGGUGUGCGGCGAAGUGCGGAGAGGGGCGGACUUGAAUGGGAAGGACGUGCUUGGCGCUUUAGGGGGCGCAGACGAGGGGGGCUUAGAGGUGGCGGGCGGCAACUCGAGGGAAGCGGAGCCGGUCGAGCGCGCGAUGUGGGGGGGUUACGCCUGCAACGGAGUGAGAGGGCGGCCCCGGUCAUCCAGCAGUCCUGGCGUUGCGUCUGUCACGGGGAAGGACGGGGUAGGGGAGUGUGAGCGCGGGCUUGACGGAGGUGCGCAGAGGGAGAAAAUUCCAGCAGCGGCGGGCGUGGUGGGCGCCAGCAGCUGUGUGAAUAGCAGUCAUGGCGCAGCGCGCGCGGGGAUGGUCGGGCUGGGGGACAGUGCACGCGCGUGUCAGGGGCGCAUUGGUGGCGCGAGCUUGGGGGAGGCACGGGGUGGCAUGGAGUGCUUCGCCGCCUGCCAACGACUCGUCGCCUCCACGCCACUCACUCCCUUGACGGCUCAGCAUAAACAGCAGCCGCAGCAGCAGCAGCAGCAGCAGCAGCAGCAGCAGCAGCAGCAGCAGCAGAAUCAGGCAAUUCCAAUGCAUCGGGCAGCAGGGGGUGCAGCAAUGCAGGCGUCAGGGUCUUACGGGGCAGCAGGGCUAAUGGCGAUGGCAGAGAGGCGCCCUUGGGCGAGUGAGCAACUGAAUGGUGGGCCGGGCAUGCAGACAGGAGGCACAGAGGGCCAGGCGGGAUGGAAGGGUGGGCAAGGGGUGCAGGGCGUCGCUGCUAUGGCGAGUGCAGAGGCAGGGCGGGAGGCGAGGGUGGCAGCAGGAGGCGGGGGCAGUCAGAGCCAGGGCUCAGGCUUUGCGUUUGCUGUGGGCGGGGUGGGCAGUGACGUGCAGGCCAGCCCCAGCGGGCUGCGUGCGCACACUCCGUGGGGCGCGGGGCUCACUGCCAAGCCUGCAAGCGGCAGCCGUGGCCACGCGCAGAGGGACGCUCAGGGGCAGGCGCAGGCGGAGGGUGUGGCGGGUCAGCAUGGGUGGGCCGCCAAGGCGGAACAGCAGGCGCUGGACGUGGGCGGUGGGGGAGAAGGGCGCGUGGCGAUGGCGGGAGGUGGCGGGGCGGGUGUGCGCGUGGCGGAUGGCACGGCGUCGCCCACUCUGAGCACGGCGUCCUCAUGGCCCUCUGAGCACGACCUCACCGUGCCCGCCCAUGCGGCCCCCCGCCCCCGCUCUCACUGCAACCCUGCCUCCACCCUUGCUGCUGCUGCUGCUGCUGCUGCUGGGGCGGCGGGCAUGGGGCAGGAAGGGGACAUGCGUGUGUACACAGCGCAGGGGACGAGUGGGGGGCGAGGAGAGAAGGGCGAUGGUAAGGAUGUGCGUGGGAGGACAGGGGUGCAGUCAGGAGAAGAGGGGCCCGCAGGGCAGCAGCACGGCGACGGUGUGAGGGGUGGGAACAGCAGGCAGCAGCAGGGCGUGGCAGAGGACGCAGGCUGCAUGGCCCAGCUCCCUCCUUCCCCUCGCCCGGCUGCCUCGUCUGGCCUCGAUUCACCACACACGCCACAGCAGCAGCAGCAGCAGCAGCAGCACAGCCAUUCGUGCAGUCCAUCCCCACAGCCCGACUCCCAGGCCGCAGCACAGCGUGAGGGGCAAGGCAGGGUGGCACGGGCAGGGAUCGGGGAACAGUGUGCUGGUGGCAGCGGUAGUGACAGCGGCGGCAGCAGUGGUGGUGAGGGCAGUGGCAGUGAUGGCUGCGGUGCAUCCCCUGUGCGCCCACCCAUGUCUCCCAGGGAUCUCACCCCCUCGCCCACUUCCACCCUACCCACUCUUCCCUCCCAAGCUGCACCCACCUCCCCCGCUGCCCCUGCUGCUGUGGGUGGCAGUGCGGUGCGCGGUGGUGGUGGUGGCAGCAUGGGCGGCGAGUGGGAGUAUGGGGUUGCAGCGCUGGAGCGGCAGGAGAGCACAGCGGGCACGGACGGUGCAAGGGAAGGGGGGGGGGGCACGGGAGCAGUCAAGGGAGGCGCAUGGGGCUCCGGGGAAGGGCUGGGUGGUCAUGGGGUGGGCGCAGCAGGGGCGGCAGGGGAGACAGCAUGGUCAGCACAAGUAGGUGCAGGGUGGCAGGGCGUGGUGGCGGGGGUGGGUGCAGUGCAGGGACGUGGCAACACUGAGGGCUCCACUCCAAACCCACUCGCCGCAUCUUCCACGCCUGCUGCUGGGCCGCCAAGGGCUCGUGGGGGCGAUGUUGCAGGGCGCAUGGCCAAUGGAGAUGCACGGGGAGCAGCGUAUGGUGGGGGCAGUGCAGGCGGCGAGAGUGGUAGGGGAGGGGUGGGGGUUCGACGGCGCGCAUCAGAGAUGUCGGUGGACACAGGGGGCACCAGAGGCUCCAAGGGGGGCAACGCCAGUGAUGCCAGCAAGCGCAUCAAGAGGCCGAGAGCAGCAACGGAGGAUGCGGUGAUCCUGACAUCGCUGGACGACGGGUGGCACUGGCGCAAGUACGGGGAGAAGCCCAUCGUUGAUAACUACUUCCCACGGUCAGCCAUGCCACACAGGGCACUUGCCACCAUGCAUGCCCCACCACAUUCUCUGCUGCACCAACUCCCCUCAUUCCUUCCCAUGCUAUCGUACUCCUCCCCGGUCGUUACCGCCCCAAUCUCUUCCGCCCCUCACAUUCUCGCCUCCCAAUGCCCCCACCGCGGCAUGUGUGUGUGUGGUCCUGGCAGCGAGUACUACAAGUGCUCGCUCAAGCGAGGGCUGCGCUGCCCGGCGCUGAGGCAGGUGGAGCGGUGCAACGACGACCCGAGCAAGUUCCGUGUCUUCUACAACGGCGCACACAACCACGACCGCCCCCUCUCACGCCACCGCCCCGCACCCUCCUCCUCGGGCCUCAUGAGCACCAGCAGCGGCGGGCCUUCCCCAUCCGACCCCUCUGCACCUGCGCGCCCUUGGCAGCCCAGCCGCGGGGGCAAGGGUGCCCUUCGCGCUGCUGCUGCUGCUGUUGCUGGUGGUGGUGGUGGUGGUGGCAUGGGGCAUGGCAAUGGACGCGGUGAUGGUGCUGGCGUCACUGGUGGCAGCAGCUUGGCAGCAGCGGGUGCAGGGAGGCGAGACCCAGGAUCAUAUGGAGAAGGCAGGCACGUGGGGGAGGAGAGCGACAAGCAAGGGGCGGGGUUGGGAGCAGCAAGAGAGGGUGAGGGUGCAUUAACGGCAGCAGCAGCAGCACAACCCAAGCACGCGGAUGAGCGAGAUGAUUCUCAUCACAACGGAGACCGUGGACCCAUGGCGAAUACGCGCAGCAAUGGCAAUGGCCAGGGUGAGGGCGAUGAGGAUGAGGAUGCUGGUGAGUUUGGUGGGUUCGGCAUCAUCAUUCCCAGCACCACAGACGCAUCGGAGCAUGGUGGCAUGGCGGUGUUGGCGUGCACGGAUGCGAGUGCACGCGCCUUGGAGCGCAGCUGCUCCAUGCAGGGCGAGACCGCCACUCCCCGCCACUCCUCCCUGCCCUCGCCCUGCUCCCCUGCUGCCGCCACCAAACACCCGUUCACGCCAGCGGCUUCCCUCUUCAGCCCUGCUGCAUCCGCCGCCGCCCCUCCUACCACCUGGCCUCGCUAUGCCGCAGCAGCAGCAGCAGCAGCAGCAGCAGCAGCAGCAGGUACUGGCAGUGGAGAGGACGGUGCAGGCACCCCCAGCAGCGUGCCAGCAGCGGGCAGUCACUUUGGCGCUCUCACCUCGCCCAUCUCACCCCUCGCUUCCGUCGCCUCUCGCUCUGCCCCGCGUGCCGCCUGGCCGCCCAGCACCUCCCUGUGGCCGCACACCGCUGCUGCUGCCACUCACACUUGUGCCGGCGCCACCGCCCUGCCAGCAGUGGCAGGGGGCGGGGACAGUGGCUUCGUUGGAAACGGGCGAGGGGGGGAAGAGGGGGUUUGUGCAGGGGAGUUACGGGAUGAAGGAGCAGGGGAGGAGGGGUUGGGAGGCGAGAGAGAGUUGGGGGAGGUAGAUGGAGGUGGGGGGGAGCAUGGUGGAGAAGGGGGAGGUAGGGGCGAGGGCGAGCAUCGAGGCAGGGGCGAGCAGAGCAUGGGCAAUGUGGGGGAGUCAGCGGGCGUGCCUUCCCUGACACUGCCGGCGCAAGCAGCAGUGGAUGCGCAAGAAUUCAAGUGGCAUGAGGAGGCCAGCGAGCAGCACGGCCAGCAGGGCGCGUCCAGGAUAAUGUGGGGCCCCUUUGCUGCCACACUCGCAGGAGUGCACUCACCCAAGGCAGCAGCGCGGCCGAACGACUCACACGAGAUGAACCACGCGCCCCCCUUCUCCUCCCCGCCUGCCUGCCCGCCUGCUCCCUCUCCGCCAGCAGCGGCCCAACCCCCCACACAGGACCCCGUGCUGCUGCAGCUGCAGGCGCUGCCAGUGCCCAACAGGGCAGAGGCGCAGCGAGGGGGAGGGGAGCCGAGGUACAAGGCGGUGCACAUGGAGAUGGACCUCGACCUGCCCCUCCCUCCACCUGUGCCCGCACUCACUGCCUCCCCCGCACCUGCACCUCACCCAGCGCCCGCCUCCACCCAGCGCACAGCCCUGUCGUCCUCAGACGCCCCUGCUCGUGACACCUGCCAGUCGGGGGCGGGUGCGGGGGCAGCAGAGGGGUCGGGCAUGGGCAGCGGCAUCGGGGAGGCGGAGCCCCCGGAGAUAUUUGUGCCAGUGAGGCGGCCGCUGGACAUGAUGCGACACACGGACGACGAGGCGCUGUCGCCGCCCACCAUCUCGCCCACCCUCAUGGGCCUGCUGCGUGCCUUCAACUCCCCGCGCGGGGCCUCCUGGUAG